GGCUGGGCAAUGUGUCAACCAUUACCAUACAGAGAUUUUCAAUGGGUCAACGACGUAACAAAUUUUAAUGUUACGGAUGUUGCGUUAGAUUCCCCGAUAGGCUACAUUCUAGAGGUAGAUUUGGAAUAUCCUCAAAAUCUUCACGACGCGCACACUGACCUACCGUUCUGUCCGACGCGCGAUAAGCCGCCCGGCAAGCGGCAGGACAAGCUCCUCGCAACCGUAUACGAUAAGAAGCGUUACGUCAUACAUUAUCGCACUCUGCAACAGUGUACUCGUCACGGCCUCCGUAUCUCAAAAAUUCAUCGCGUAUUGCAAUUCGCGCAAUCUCCAUGGCUUCGAGAUUAUAUCGAACUAAAUACGAAAUUUCGAACAUUAGCCACGAAUGAAUUUGAAAAAAAUUUGUACAAAUUAAUGAAUAACGCGGUAUUUGGCAAAACCAUGGAGAAUGUGCGCAAUCACGUCGAUGUGCGGCUUUUAACGAAAUGGGAAGGUAGAUUUAAUGCUGAGGCGAUGAUCGCGAAACCGAAUUUUCAUAGUCGCAGCGUCUUUUCGGAGAAUCUGGUCGCGGUAGAAAUGCGCAAACUCGAGGUCAAGUUUAACAAACCAAUCUACGUGGGUAUGUGUAUUCUCGACAUAUCCAAGACUUGUCUGUACGAAUUUCAUCACGACUACAUGUUACCUUCUUUUCAAGAAAAAUGUAAA